CCAUUGACUCAUAGUGUAUUUGUUUUUUUUUUGAAAUCCCGCGGGAAAAGAAGAACCUGAAAAUUUUCCAACAUUCCUACGGAAGAAAAUAUUGAAAGAGUUUUCAGCGAAACAUUUUGUUGAUGCUUAAUCAUAUAAAUUUUUAUUAAAUUAAUCUAAAACUUACUUUAAAACAAGCAUGUUUGCUUACCAAGCAAUUGAAUAGAGAUGUGUAGAUACUGACCUAAGAAAUCAAAAUAUCUGUGAACGUUGGUCAUAGUGACAACCGUACCGGAUAUGUGGCGUAGCUUGAACAUUUCAAACAGAAACGGUUUAGUUCGUGGUGAAGACCCAACGAGGCCACGUGAAGUUAGAAGCGUUGUGAGCAAUAAGUGCACAGAGACCCAUAGGCAGAAUGUCGUCCUCUCUUGCGAGUAGUGACAUACAUUACAACAAGGAAAAUAAUGCUCCCCUGGAUAAUUGGGCAACUCCGGGCUCGUCGGGAGCAAGAGCCGACGUAUUUAGGUUGUCGAGCACACAGGAGGAGUUUGCCGCUCUGGAUACUAUGCUCCUUAGUCAACCACUCAGUCAACCACUCAGUCAACCAAACAGUAGCUCAGUAAAUCAGACGGAGCAAUUUUUGCAAGGAAUUCGGACGUCCUACAAACAACUAUGUGAUGAAAAAGACGCUGAUGAAUGCAGAAUUAUUGAACUUGAUGAGGCAAUAAAGUCCUAUAGAGAGCGCUAUAACCAGCAGCAACAAAUAUUACUUGAUUUACAAAUGCAGCAAGAAAAACUAAACAAUCAAAAAGAAGCUGGAAAAAAAGAUGUGGAAAUAAUGAAUGUGAAAAUGCAGGAAUAUCAACAAAUUGUGAAAGCAAUUAGUGGCUACUGUGAAAACCUAUCUGAGGCCAACAAUCAGAUGAGUGCUAUGAGUAUUGACCUCCUCCAUGUAAAAGAUGAACUCAAAUGUGCUUUCAAGGGCAUUAAAACCAAAGCUAUAGAUGUCAAAAAUGAAUACGAUAUGAUGGUUGCGGUCAUGCUUCAAGUUUCUGAAACAAGGGAAAAACGCAAACGUCUUGCUAAAGCUGCCAAUGACAGGAAGGAAGAAACACUAAAACAACACAAACAAGAAAUGGAAGAGUGGGAUGCUAAACUUCUUCAAAAUAAAAUCACUAUACGGAGUUUGGAGUCUGAACUCCAAUCUAUACAAAGAAAUAAUGAGAGAAUGAAACAAAAGGAAUUAGAAGUAGCCAAGGAGGAUGAUGAGGAAAUUGAAAACUUACAGAAAGAAUUAGACUCUUACAGUAUGAAGUACACAGUAGCCCAAGCUGACCUUAAGAAAGCACAGCUAAGAAAUGAUGAAGCAAAUGCUCUAAAAAAAAAAUUUACUCUGGAAUUAGAAAUUAUGAAUCAAAGGGUUUUGAAUCUACAAGCGGAUCAUGCUGAUCAUGAAACAACUGUGAAAAGUCUCCUGCUAGAGAAUGCUGAAAUGACAACUUUAAAUCAGCAAUCUUAUGAAGAGUUAAAGAAGAUAAUAACUCAAAAUUCUCAGAUGGAAACUGAAGUUAAUAGUAUAUGUAAGGUUUUGGCAGAACAGAGAGAAUUUAAUUUAAAAAGAAUAGCAGAGCUAAAAGAUACCCUCAAUUGUGAAAAAGCUUGCGGUGAAGACGAAGUUGACAAGCUGAACAAAGAAAUUGACUUAGUUAACGUCAAUUCUAAUGCAACCUCACUCAAGUGCGACCGUUUGAGAGAAGAGUUAGCUACUGUAAGGACUAAACUUUCUAAAGAAAAAGAAGAAAAUGAAAAGCUUUCAUCAUUAAAUUCUGAUUUGGUGAAGCAAAUAACUCAAAGAAAACAUGAGAAAGAAAAUAUUACAAGCACAUUGGAAGACUUGACAAAAUUGUUAAACUUGGAGAAAGUUAAAGUUUUUAAUAAAGAGGCUGAGCUUUGUGAACUCAAAGAGCAGGCUGAAAUGGAAACUAAACUUUGCCUUCAAAAAGUAAAUGAGAAAAAAUGUCAGGUUUCUUCCAUCAAACAAAUGAUAUGUGCCAAAAGGGAACAUGUUUCAUCCCUUUCUCAAAAAUGGAAACAACUGAAAAACAACUCAGAUAGUGAAAAAUCUGCCAAUGAUAACAACUAUAGUGCAGCUAUAAAAGAGUUAAAUGAUACAAUUUCAACUUUGGAGAAGGAAUUACAAAAGGUCAAAAAGGACAAUCAAACAUUUACUCAAAAUCAAUUGGCUCAGUUAGACCAACUUGAAAAGCAUCAUCUUUUAAAGGAGAAAGAAGUAAACAAUGCUGAGGUUGACCUAGAUAUGGUUUCAAAGUCUGUUGAAAAGGGGAAAAAUGACCUGAUUAGUCUAGAAUCAGAAAUAAAAGAGAUAGAAAAAUCUGAGCAUGAACUGGUUGAGACUUUAAGCAAUCAAAAAGAAACUGUUCAUGCCUCAAAGAAAAAAGUAGUUGCUUUAUCAGCGGCUGUUAAAAAGAAAGAGCAAGAGGUACUAGGUAAAGAAAUAAAGGUUGCUGAACUGAAACAACAAAUUGAAGAUUUGGAUAAAGCAAAAACAGAUGCUAUUGCAAAAAAUAGUGAGGAAAUGAAGAUGCUGUUCCACGAUAUGACAAAAUCCAGACAAUUUACUGAAUCCCUUUCAAUAACUGCAAAUCAACUGAGCAGUGAGUUAGAGGAAUUGAAGAAGAUUCAUGUUAUUGCAAUCAGUGAACUUGAGAAAGCAGUUAAAAAGCGUGAAGAGUUGGAUGAAAAGUACUCUGAAACUAAUUCUGAAAUCGAGAAGAAAAGGGCAGAAUUAGAGGAGAUUGCUGCAAGUCUACACAAGGAUGAGAGACAACAUUUGAAAUCAAAGGCAGAGCUGAGGACUGUAAGCCAUCAUUAUCAGAGGAUAUGUAGAGUGAUUGCCAAAUCAAAAGAAAGAGCAAAGAAACAGAAAGAAAAUACAGAUCGAGCAAAUUUAAAAGUUUCUGAGGUUGCAAGAGGAGACAAUGACAAUUUCAAAGAUGUCUCAACUGCAUCAACCAGCAAGAAAGACACUACUCCACGAUCUAUACUAAAACUCUCUUCUAAGCCUCCAACACCUCAAUCUGCAAGGAAAAAUGUGUCUUUCUCACAAACCACCGAAGAAAUUAAUAGCUCAGCUAGUACCAUUGUAAUGGAGUGAAGGAGAUUAGAUCAAACUCCACGACUGAUUUUUCUGAAGAAGAAUUUGAUUUUCAACUGAAGUCUUACCUUUCUUUUCAAAAUGAUGAUAAUCCCAAAGCCUAUUGUGACUGUUCUAAAACAGUUUUAGAUUUUUAGAUUUUUCCAAAAGUAUCUUAAUUUACUAAUGAAAUUGUUUUUAUAGAAAAAGAAAAUAAAUAACACAAAUUUAAUAGUGUAGGAGAAA